AUGACGCCCUCCCUUACCAACGCCAACGGCUCAGCCGACUCGUGCCACGCAGUCGAUACCGAGUUUCUCAUCGUCGGCGCAGGCCCUGCUGGCGCGGCACUGGCUUGCUUUCUGGGGUCUCAUGGUAUACUGCAGGGCAUCAUCAUCAGCAACGCGUCGGGAACAGCGGAUACGCCUCGCGCGCACAUAACUAAUAUGGCAGCAUUGGAAUGUCUACGCGAUAUUGGGCUAUACGGCGAAUUGGAAGGAUUGGGAUGCAAGGGGACAGACUAUAUGCAACACACCCGAUGGUGUCAUAGUAUGGCUGGCGAGGAGUACGCGCGCAUCUACUCCUGGGGAAACGAUCCUCGACGAAAGGGAGACUAUGAACUAUCGAGCCCCUGUGAUCCAUUUGAACUGCCGCAAACCGUCUUGGAGCCGGUUCUGGUUCGGCACGCAGCGUUGAAGGGCUUCAAAUGCCGCUUCGAUUCCGCACUGGCUUCCUUCACGAACGACCCCGAAACCGGCCUGAUCACCGCCAACAUCAAAGACAAGCUGUCCCACCAGGGAUACCGGAUUCGAACGCGAUAUCUGUUUGGGGCGGACGGUGCCCGCAGCGAGGUGGUAAAGCAGCUGAAUCUGCCGCUGACAGUCCAGCCGAGUCAAGGAGCGGCAAUCAACAUCCUCGUGAAGGCCGACCUCUCUCAUCUGGUGAAGAACCGGACGGGCAAUCUUCACUGGGUGAUGCAGCCGGAUCGGGAGCACCCAGGAUUUGGCUGGAUAGGGAUUGUUCGCAUGGUUAAGCCAUGGAAUGAGUGGAUGUCCAUUCUGUUCCCCGAUCCCAACCGCUCUCGACCUGACGAUAGGCCGUCUGAGAGUGACCUUCAGAGACGCGUUCGCGAGUUUAUCGGCGACGAGACACCAGCAGAAAUCCUGAAUGUUUCAACAGAUCGAUCCCUGGAGAGCCUGUUUCCACAAUCGACCUUGCUGGUCACGGCUCGUUUGUCCUGUUGA